AGAGAGAGAUACAGAGAGGAGAAAGAGGGGGUUGGCUCUAGUGUGAUGUGAAUGGAAUAGAAUCAGCGCGAGAGGGAGAAAGAGGGAGGAGGACAGCACAAAUCAACCUGCCUCUUGACUUCAACAACAGAAUAGAGGAGCCGGUAGACAGAUCGGGAAGUGUUCGUGUUGUUUUAUUUUUAUUUUUGAAGAGAGGAAGAGAACGGCAGACAGGAGGAACUGAAGGAGGAGGAGAAAGAGCCUCACCGUGGAGAUAGAUAGCAGAAAAAUGCUGUCAUGGGGAGAGAAGGGGAGGGAGUCGGCAGAGAGGAACAGGAUGAAACAAGGCAGGGUCGAGCAGAGCUGAAAUGUGGAGGUGACCAGUGGACCAGACCAAAAGGGAAGCAGCAGGCACUGAAGAGUGCAGAUGAAUGGAUGCCAUGUUAGAAGGGUUAAUAGAGACAGAGCCUCUCCUACACAGAGGACUCAUGCUCCAGUGAUGAUCCUCUCAUCCUUACUCCGCAGAAAGGAGCCCCCCAAAACUGGAGCACCACCAAAACCCACAUCUGCACACCUGGACGGACGCCUGCAACGGGACACAGCUGCAUAUUCUCUUCAAUCCUCUUCAUUUACACUCAAGAACUUGUUGACUUGUGAUAACAAAGUGUGGCACCUCACACCGACAUAUAUGAGAGCCCAAGGGUUGAGAAAGUUCACCAAUCUUAAGGGGUGUGAAUAAGGAGUAUAUUUCUUGCUUUCACUCAGAGGGGUUUUUCAUCUUUGUGCACAGUGCUCCCAUUUUACACCAGCACCAUAGAGACUAGGACAGAAAUUUAACUGGAAGAGCAGACAGCUCUGGACAAGAGUGGGGAAAAGAUUGUUAGACUGGAGUAGGCUUCUAAGGCAACAUGCAGUCAGAUGACCUCUUUGUCCGCAAGUUUCGCCGUCAGAACAUGCGGCCGACUAUUGCCACCGUCAACUUUGACCCCAAACGAGAAGCAGGUGUAGUGGAGUGGCCGCCAAGGAGGGAGGCUGAUGGAGCUGAUGGAGACAGCCUCACUCCGAGCCGUGUGGGACUGACGCUGAGGUCGGUGGGCCGGGGCCACGUCAUGCAGAGAAGUAACAGCGAUGUAACCUUAGGAGACUUGGACUCCUCCGGGAAGGCAGGGGGGAAAGCAGCUCGGGGGGUUGGUGAGAAGGUGGGUGCGGGGGCUCAGGGGGAUGGGGGUGUGCUGCUACGUAGGGAAUACGGCAGCCUGUCCUCACUGGAGAGACAGACUCAAGCCCAGGAGCUGAACACCGACGACCAGGGGCCCCUGAGUCCAAAUGCCCUCCGCUUCAAAGACCCUUUCCUGCUUUUGGGACUGCAGGGCAACCCUCCAGAACCUGAUGGAUUCUUUCGGGGUCUGUCAGUUUCCACAGGGGACUCCCCAAAACCUGCCAAGCCGCCGAAGCCUGAAGGUCUGAGUAAGAAGACCAAACCCCCUCAGAUCCCUCAACCAGGUCCGUAUGACAACAUCGGGGGCGGAGCCUGGGUGAGGAACUUCGCCCACUACGAUGUUCAGAGCAUCCUGUUUGACCUCACCGAGGCGGCCACAAACAGAGACAGCAUUGGACGGAAAAAGAAUAUCACCUCAGGGGCUUCAGCCGCCUCCCAGCUGCGCCCCCUUUCUCAAGCCACCCCGUCCUCACCGGCGCAGGGCGGGGGAGGCAACGGGCUGAAUGCAGAUGACCCUGAGCAGUCGCUGCUGCUGGACGAAGGGGAUGGCAACGAUAACGAGCUCCUGCUCAGCUGCCCCCACUUCCGAAAUGAGACAGGGGGAGAAGAGCAGGUGGGUCUGGGUCAAUCCCAGGGGAGGCAAGGACUCUGGUCAAGCCUGCGAACCCCCAACGAUGCAGUGUCGGUCCUGGAAGAGCCCAGAGAGAGUCACGUCCAACAGCAGGGCAAGAGCAACUACUUUAUAGAGCAUGCAGAUCUGGGAGCCCAUUACUACCGCAAAUAUUUCUACAUGAAAGAACACCAGAAUUUCUUUGGCAUGGAUGAUCGCCUCGGUCCAGUGGCCAUUAGUUUCCGUCGAGAUGAGAAAGAAGGAUCCAGCGGAGCUCAGUACAAUUACAGAAUCAUCUUUCGCACCACAGAGAUGAAGACACUGCGAGGUUCCAUCUUGGAGGAGUCUGUGCCUUCUGCUGCUCGUCACACAACCCCUCGAGGCUUGUCUCCCAAGAGAUUGUUGGAGUUCAUCAUGCCUGAACUGAACCUGCACUGCCUUCGCUUGGCCUCAAACUCCCCCAAGGUCCGGGACACCCUGCUGAAGCUGGAUGAACAGGGGCUGAAUUUCCAGCGAAAGGUUGGGGUGAUGUACUGUCGGGCCGGGCAGAGCUCAGAGGAAGACAUGUACAACAAUGAGAGCUCCGGCCCGGCCUUUGAGGAGUUCCUGGAUCUGCUCGGGGGGCGCGUGCGGCUGAAGGGCUGGGAGAAAUACCGAGCUCAGCUGGACAACAAGACCGACUCAACUGGGACACACUCCCUCUAUACGCGCUACCAGGACUAUGAGAUUAUGUUUCAUGUGUCUACUAUGCUGCCCUACACAGCCAACAACACACAACAGUUGCUGAGGAAGCGACACAUCGGUAACGACAUCGUGACGAUCGUGUUCCAGGAGCCAGGCGCCCUACCCUUCACUCCAAAGGCCAUCCGCUCCCAUUUCCAACAUGUCUUCAUCAUCGUUCAGGUUCAUGAGCAAUGCUCUGACCACACCUAUUACAGGGUGGCUGUGACACGCUCUAAAGACAUGCCAUUGUUUGGCCCGCUGUUCCCUAAGGGUGCCCGAUUCCCUCGCUCGUCUGCCUUCAGAGACUUCCUCCUGGCGAAGGUAGUGAAUGCUGAAAACGCUGCGGAGAAGUCCGAAAAGUUCCGCUCCAUGGCCACCCGCACACGGCAGGAAUACCUUAAGGACCUAGCCGAAAACUAUGUGACCACCACGCCCAUCGACUCCUCCACCAAGUUCCCCCUGCUCUCUCUGGGAGGCAAGCGCAAAGACAAGCUGAAGGGUGCCAAAGGGGCAGAGCUGCACAGUGCCGGGGCACUGGUGUGGGCUGUGAUGGUCAACAGUGGAGAUGAAGUGGAGGCGGGGGAGCACAGGCUUCCUUGUCUGCUCGGGGUGUCGGCUGAGUCGGUGGUGCUCAUUGAGAGGUGGACACGAAAGGUGGUGUUUAACUGCUCCUGUCGAGAUGUUAUUGGCUGGAAGGCAGUGACAGAGGCUAAGGAGGGGGGGCCCUGCUUGGAUAUCUUCUAUGAGCGCGGAGAGUCAGUGUCAAUCAGUGUGAUGGAGAGCCAGGCGGAGGAUAUACGAGAGGUGGUGCAGAGGCUAGAGCUGGUGACACGGGGCUGUGAGGCUCUCGAGGUUACCCCCCUGCGUGACGGAGUCGGGCAGCCCGGCUUCCUGAUGAACGAGGAGGGCUUUGUGACAGAGCUGCAGCGCUUCUGUUACGCUGAGAGCGGAGGCCUGCAGCUGUGGGCUCGCGUGGUGCGGCUGUGUGGACACUCGCUGGUUCACCUGAGCCCUGAGGAGAGGACCAGGCUGCUCCGCACUGCGCACAAGAUCCACAUCACUGUCAUUCCACCGGACGAGAACGGCAAGCCUCGCAGAAGUUUCUCCGAGCUGUACCAGAAAGCCAUCAAGGAUGCGGAGUGUAAACCCGGCGAGGCUCAGUCUGGAGUGGCCUGGGUACUUGACGAGAGGGAAGAAGAGGAGGAUGAGGAGGAAAAGAAGGAGGAGGAGGAGGAGGAGGAGGAGAAGAAGGAGGAGAAGAAGGAGGAAGAAGCGAAGGAAGACGAGCUGAAGGCGAGUGGGGUCAAUGAAGCGGACAUGACGGAGGUGCAGGUGGAGGCCGAAGAGGGCGAAGGACAGUUGUGUGAUGAAGGGCAAAUGGAGAGUAGCCAUGGCUCGCUCCUCACGCCGCCCAGUUUACCUUUGUUACGGGCCACUUCUCUGCAGGACCAACCAGCCAAUCAGAGCCAGGAGGACAGCGGCUCGCAGCUCACACGCAGCUUCUCUUUGGAGAAACAGCUGUUCUUCAGGGAUACGUGUGAUGGGCACGUGUACGACAACGUGGGGCUGAAGGGGGAACGCCACAUCUAUGAGAACGUCGGCGAGCUGAGAGACGCCACACCUGAUCUGAUCCUGGCCGUCAAACCCAAGGUUCCCCUAGAGGACGAACAGUUUAUGGGCGCUGAGUUUGGUGAUGACAAAGCUUCGGUGAGUGACUCGUCUUCCCGGUUGUCAUGUUUAGACCGAGCUGAAAGAAAUUCACGAGCCCUAAGUCUUCAUAACUCCAUCACCAAGAUUCUCUCAGAGACGACAGAUUCAACUGAGGAGGAGUGGCAGUCCAUCGCUGACCUGGCCACAGCCUGCCGCAGCAUCCUGGAGGCUUUGUCACGAGAGGACCGUAAAGCCGGAGACCCCUCGCAAGCAGGAGCUGACCAGACAGACGGCAAGCUGAAAGACUCAAAGGAAAAUGACUCUCCAGGCCACCUAGAAGAGAAGGUGUCGCAGCUGGAGUCCAUGCUGAAGAGGCUGCAGGAUGACCUGCAAAAGGAGAAGGAGGACAAGGCGGUGCUGCAGGCCGAGGUGCAGAGCCUCAGGCAGAACAACCAGCGGCUGCAGGAGGAGUCGCAGAGCACAGUGGCUCGCCUCAUCAAAGUCACAGAGCUGCUGUGCAACGUCAACAAGCCCUGUUAGCUUCACUACUGCACGGGCAAAACACACACAUCGGCAGAUAGAUGCUAAUCAUACAACGUGCUUGUACGCGCAGUACACUUAUUUUGUUCGUAGGCUACAUAUUUGCAAAGGCAGACACACACACACACACACACACACACACACACACACGCAUCCCCUUCAAUCUGUGUAUCACCACAGUCUCCAUCCUGAAUCCUGGACCUGCCUGUUGGUGAGGCAGUAUGCAAAUAACCCAUAAAAAAGAAAGAAAUGACAUUUCCAACAUCCCAUGACCUUCAUAGACUGACCAGUGUUCAGCUUUCAGGCUGCUGCAUUAGUGUUCUAUGCCAGAGUGCUUCUCUUGGUGUGUAUGAUACAGUAUGUGCGGGGAUGUGUGCCGCAUGUGUGCGUGCGUCUUACUUUACUUUGCUUCAAAUACUUGACAAGCUGGGCUGAAUAGCACAUGCAUAAAAAGUGGCAAUUAAGAUUAAGAGACACUGUAUAGCAUGUUUGGUGGUGUCUUAUCUGAAAUUACCAAAAGUGUGUGUGUGUGUAUGUGUGUGUGUGUGUAUCUAUAUAUAUAU